AUGCCACAGAACGAGCAUAUUGAGCUCCAUCGUAAACGACAUGGAACUCGCUUGGAUUACCACGAGCGGAAACGCAAGAAGGAGGCUCGUGCGGGCAAAAAGGCCUCGUACAUGGCCAAGAAGCUUCGUGGUAUUAAAGCCAAAAUGUAUGCAAAGCAGCGUCAUUCAGAAAAGGUUCGCAUGAACAAGACCAUAAAGGCUCAUGAGGAAAAAUUAUCCAAGAAGCGCGAAGAAGAGAAGGUUGCUGAAGGAGCCGUGCCGGUGUAUCUGCUGGAUCGCGAGCAACAAAACCGUGGCAAAGUUCUGUCCAACAUGUUGAAGCAGAAACGCAAGGAAAAGGCCGGGAAGUGGGAAGUACCUAUUCCGAAAGUUCGGGCACAGUGUGAGGCCGAAAUGUUCCGAGUUAUCAAGAGUGGGAAGAGGAGGAAGAAGGCAUGGAAGCGAAUGGUCACUAAGGUGUGCUUUGUCGGUGAUGGUUUCACGCGCAAACCGCCGAAGUUCGAGCGUUUCAUCCGCCCCAUGGCGUUACGGUGCAACAAGGCCCAUGUAACUCAUCCGGAAUUGAAAGCCACGUUCCAGUUGCCAAUCUUGGGCGUGAAACGAAAUCCCAGCUCACCCAUGUACACCUCUCUCGGGGCAAUAACAAAAGGAACUAUCAUUGAAGUCAACAUCAGCGAACUUGGUUUGGUGACUCAGACGGGCAAAGUUGUUUGGGGAAAGUAUGCACAGGUGACAAAUCAUCCGGAAAACGACGGUUGCAUCAACGCUGUUCUUCUGGUGUGAUAAUGUCGUUAUAAUGUUUCGUUUCGCUCGCAAAUUUUUAUUUGGAAGAAAUUAAACGUUGCCCGAUGUG